CUCCUCGUCCUGCUCCUCCCCUUGGCCUACCUCGGGCCGACCCGCCUCGCCUACCUCCGCACGGGCAAGGCCACCUUUGGCCGGCUCCUCGUCCUCGUCCUCGGCCUCUUCUCGCCGACCGAGCUGGUCCUCAGUGCGGGCGAGGGGAUGCGGCCAGACUGGGUCGAGCGCGGUCCAGACGGACGGGCGGUCAAGCUCAACCUGCCCGCAAAAGGCCUCUGGAUGUCGAACCACACGACCCUCGCCGACUGGCUGUACCUGUGGUCGUUCGCCUACCUGUCGGGCCACUCGAGCGCGCUCUACAUCGCCCUCAAGGCGUCGCUCCGCCGCAUCCCCAUCAUCGGCUGGGCGUGCCAACUGUUCGGGUUCGCCUUCCUCGAGCGCAAGUGGGCCGAGGACCGCCAGCCGUUCGCCGCGCAGCUCGACCGCAUCGCGCGCGAGACGAACCGCGGCGGCGACGACGAGAAGAUGGCCUUCUUGCUGUUCCCCGAGGGAACGAUCGUGACCGAGAACACGAGGGGCAUCUCACAGCGCUUUGCCGAGAAGUCGGGCGUCGCCGAUUUCAAGCACCUCCUCCUCCCGCGCUCGACCGGCCUCUUCUUCGCCCUGCGCAACCUCGCACGCUCCAUCCCGACCCUCCACCUCGUCGACCUCACCGUCGGCUACCCUCUCCCGCGCCCCUCCUCGACGUCCGCCAAACCCGCCUCGCCGCAGUACGCGAGCGAGUUCUACACCCUCCCCUCGAUCCUGCUCCAGGGCAUCCCGCCGCCCGAGCUCCACCUGCACGUACGCGCGUUCGCGCUCGCCGACAUCCCGCUCGGCGACCUGUCGCGCUCGAGCGCGACCGACGAGGACGAGGACGGCACGCCCGACGAGCGAGCGGCGUUCGAGCGCUGGCUGCGCGAGCGGUGGGCCGAGAAGGACCAGCUCGUCGAGCGGUUC